AUGGAAGGAAACAUCCUUCGGCCUGCAUCAGGGAUGCAACAGGCAAAAACAGUAGAGGAUGAAACCAACCAACCGUUGUCGAAGGUUGUGGAAUUGAUGACUUACGACUCGUAUGACUUUGGCAUGCUUGCCAUCGAUGUUGUUCUUGGGGAUGGAACACGAUGUAUGCUGGAUUUUGCUGAGAGCCUUUACCUUGGUCGCCUGCUGUCAAUGAGACCUCCCGUGGUCUUUUCAUUUGGCUCAGCGACGGCAAUGCGGGAACUAGAGAAAAUUGUCGCGCUUCUCCAUGGCGCUCGACACACGGGGUCAAGUUAUGCUACAAAUGAAUGUGACAGUGGAGUAAAAAACGCAACGAUGAGGAGCCAUAGGAUGGCCGACGCGGCAGCUGGCAUGGGGAUGUCAGCCUCUGCCGCACCUCCUGCAGAGCUAUCAGCCAGUGACAGGAUUGCUGUUGUGCGUGCCCACAUACGUCAGAUGUCGGAAAAUCGGAGGCUUUUUAUGGAUGUGCUUGAGCUUGCGACACGACUGGAGAUGGAGGAGACAUUUCCACUUCUUUGUGAAGAAUUUAGUUUUAUUUUUGAGAAUGAGGUGCGAGGUAAAUUCACCAAAAGCCUUUUUUUGUUGCAAGAGCUGGGAGGUUCUGGACAGAUGGCAAUCAAGACAUUUCGGAAGAUUGUCAUGCGGGCGUUUGCACUGGAUGAUGGUGUUUCUCCAGUUCCGGCCACACGGGAGGAACAACGGCAACCGAGGCCCUCCGCUUGCGAUGAGGUGGCUCAUCAUUGGUUGAAGCAGUUGAGGGAAGACCACUACUUUUUUCCCGGGGGGCAGCUGAUAGGCGACCUGACACAGUCUGUAGACCCGGAGGCUUCUGUGUGGCGUGAUGAGACACCUUUUGGAGAUGAAUUUACCCCCAGCUUUCAGCGAUAUCCGUUUCAUAGUCCGGUGUGGGAGCCGGGGGAUACAGCAAAGACGUGUCCUGUCUGCGGCAUGAUCUUUGCAUCAUGGUCAACGUUAUCACUCAAUACGGUUCGACCGAGUCAUUGUCGAUGCUGUGGCAGGCGCAUCUGUGCACGAUGCACCUCAUGGCAGCUGGAUAAGUCUAUAGCAAAGCUGAACAAGCCUGGAGUUCCGGAGGAGGGUCAGCUUCGACGUGCCUGUAAAGAAUGCUUUGACAAGGCGGAAAAGCUGAACAAGCAUGCGUUUUUGUGUGAGAUAUUUGUCCUUGCGGGCCUAACUUUGACAGAAAUCGCUCUCCUACGUUCUAUUAAUCCACAUUGGAAAGGAGCAUCAGAGCUGUGCCUUAGCGACUAUAGAUCUUCGCUCUACCAACACGCCUCGUGGAAGUUGGUUGUGGCAACGCAAACCGCCCGCAUACUGGCAAGUAGCGUCAACAUCUUGGUGGGCCAUCCUGAAUCACUUAUUUUUCUUUUUAUUUCUAUGGAUUGGAGCAAUGAGAAACUUAUUAAGGCGGCCUAUGCGACACUUGAAAAGACGCUGAGGGAUGCGGCCUCUCAGGGGCGAUUGAACCACGCCAGUACAUUGAUCUGGAAACCGCCCGUCAGUCACUGGCACAUGUUGUGCACAAGGGCGUGUGGGUUGAUGCUUCCGUCGUUUUUUGCCAUCAAGAUGCUUGAGUGCCUCCACCGCGCUCCAGAGGCUCAUCCAACCGCCGAGUUGAUGCGUAUGUUGGUGACGAAAGAACUCCUUCUGGGAAAAGUGUUUCACUUGGACAGCCGCGUUUGCGAAUGUGUUAUUAUGCUUUUGCUGGAUAUCUUUGAGCUAAAGACGUGCCAGCCACAUGUCACGUCCGUACUCCUGAGGUUCUCUGCUCAGGACCGACGCCUGGCGCUUAUGAUUUGCCAAGAGACGUUCACCCGCUCUCGGUAUGACGAACUGGGCUACCAGACGCUGCGGGGUCUUGUGAUUGAUGUGGAUUGCAAAGAGCGACCUGAAACACAUGUACACUUUUUGAAUACGCUGCGAUUUUUAGACGUGUUGCGGUCUGCGUGGACUGAUAGCUUCAAGCAAAACGAUAUUUCCAGAACGCGUGAGUUGUUGUACAAGAACCUGCGAAAGGCCGGUUUGUUGGUUGUUUCAAGGGAGGUGCACGACACAGCAUUGAUAAACAGGCACACAAUUAGCCCGAUACUUUUUCCAUUUGACACCAGUGUCGUACUGAACGAAAUUGAUUUUGGUGGCAUCGUGGCAAUGCACUCAAAACAGCGGCCCGUGCUGAUUCCUCUCAUUGACGAGGGAGGACAGACGCGGUGUAUUCUUUACAAAAAUGAAAGUCUUGAAAAGGAUAAAGUGAUGUGCAUUGCCUCACGGUUUCUUCAGUGGGUGCUCUACAAACAAUUGCGUCACGUUGUGCUUCCCACCUAUCAUGUCAUGCCGCUUUCAUCAUCCUCUGGCAUCAUUGAGAUUGUGAAGGACGGGCAUACGGUUCAGAGUGUCAUUGAGCCGUACAAGGAGCAUCGACUGCUGCAAUACCUGCAGCAGCUGGAACAACAAUACGCACAACAGAAGGAGGAGCGGCAACCGAAAAAGCAACAGGAGGCGACGGCAUCUUUGAAAGAGGCGGCAAAGAGCUCAAGCGUCAAUGUCCGCGAGAACUUUCUUUGUUCCGCAAAGUUUUUUAUUUUGAUGAAUUAUAUUUUUGCAAUCGGCGAUCGACACCGUGACAAUGUUAUGGUGCAUCCAAGUGGGGCAAUAUUCCACAUUGAUUUUGGCAUGCUUCUGAAUUCACGGACGCUGGCGGAGCGAGUUACUACAAGCUACGUGAGAUUUGAUCUUGACCUGGAGGAGUGUGUACUGGAGUUUAUGCGUGACGACGAGAAGAAGCCACGGGAAGAUUUUUCAUCACUGGGACCACCACCACCACCGACCUUGUCACAACACCAAGGGUCUUUGCCACAUGUAUCGACCCAUAGUUCGGACGAUUCCCUUUCUCGAUUCCUAAUGGAAGCCGCCGACUGGUUUCUUGAGGUGCGUCCAUACGCCAGUAUUCUUUGUCAGCUUUUGUCCCACGUUGUGUUUCGGCAGGCUCUCGACGGUGUGCAUUCUGUCGAGCAGCUCACAGCGUUGAUGCACACUAUAUUUAUGCGCGAUGCCGCAGAGGAGACGUGCAAGACGCUAUUUUGUGAUCGUGUUAGACAGUCGCGUGGCCAAACGUGGCUGAAGGACCUCACGCACGAUACGCGGAAACGAACAUGGUUUAUGGUGUCGCAGGGGCUGAAGUGGAUCCGUGAGAAGACCGGGCUGGAUCGCCUUGAUGCCCCGCAUUGA